UCCGGAAGUAUGUGAGUGAGUCAGCUGAGUGUCACCUGUUCUCGUGUUGUCGCUUUUUCGCUGUGGCGGAACACACCGGCUGCUCUCCGCCAAUUGUCCCGCCCCCUCCCCCCGGGUUGUCAUGGAUGAAAGCAGCCCGCUGGUGUCCCCGGUGAGGGAACCGGAGUGUGACCCCGCCUCCCCGGGACAGCUGAGCCCCGCCUCCUCCCGGUUCCCCGGUGUGGUGAUCCGGAUCCCUCAGGGUGGACCGCCCACACCGGCGGCUCCUUCUCCGCCCGGAUCCCCCACCGACAGCGAGAGGCAGCCGCUGCUGGACCGAUCCGCCACCCGGGAUAAGAACUCCUUCCCGGAGGAGCCCGAGUUCGGAGAGGUGGUGAGGAAAGCCGAGAAGGCGAUCAGCCGCGGGAUCUUCCCGGAGAGGAUCUACCAGGGAUCCAGCGGGAGCUACUUCGUGAAAGAUCAGCAAGAGGAAGUCAUCGCAGUGUUCAAACCAAAAACCGAGGAGCCCUACGGUCAGCUCAACCCCAAGUGGACGAAAUGGUUGCAGAAGCUCUGCUGUCCGUGUUGCUUCGGCAGAGAUUGCCUGGUCCUGAAUCAGGGAUAUCUGUCAGAGGCCGGGGCCAGCCUGGUGGACCAGAAACUGGAGCUCAGCAUUGUUCCUCGGACGCGGGUUGUAUAUCUAUCCAGUGAAACAUUUAACUACAGUGCCAUCGAUCGUGUAAAGUCCAGAGGGAAGAAACUGGCAUUAGAAAAAGUGCCAAAAGUCGGUCAGCGAUUUAAUCGGAUUGGAUUGCCUCCUAAGGUGGGCUCCUUCCAGUUGUUUGUCAAAGGCUAUAAGGAUGCGGAUUAUUGGCUGCGGAGGUUUGAGACGGAACCCCUUCCCGAGAACACCAACCGGCAGCUCCAGUUACAGUUUGAGAGGCUGGUGGUUCUGGACUACAUUAUCCGGAAUACAGACCGAGGGAACGAUAACUGGCUGAUAAAGUAUGACUAUCCGAUGGAGAAUGCAGCCAGUCGGGACUCGGACUGGGUUUUGGUACGAGAACCCAUCAUCAAGAUUGCUGCUAUAGACAAUGGUCUGGCCUUCCCUUUAAAGCAUCCAGAUUCCUGGAGAGCAUAUCCGUUUUACUGGGCCUGGUUAUCACAAGCCAAAGUCCCGUUCUCCCAGGAGAUCAAAGAACUCAUCCUUCCCAAAAUUUCAGACCCCAAUUUUAUCAAAGACUUAGAGGAAGAUCUUUAUGAGCUGUUUAAGGUACUUCUAUCUAAACUGUGUCUAAAGAAAGAUCCCGGCUUUGACAGAGGACAGUUCCACAAACAGAUCGCAGUGAUGAGAGGACAGAUCCUAAACCUAACUCAGGCACUUAAAGACGGGAAGAGUCCGCUGCAGCUGGUCCAGAUGCCGCCGGUCAUUGUGGAGACAGCGCGAUCACACCAGAAAAGCACCAGCGAGUCGUAUACACAGAGCUUCCAGAGCAGAAAGCCCUUCUUCUCCUGGUGGUAAAGACUGAACCCCCCCAAGCGCUGUCGAGCAAAGAUGGCGACUAGGGCUGGAAAACGCCGCGGACCCCCCAAACCAGCCCUUUUAUCUGGGUCCUGACGAGAGCGGCACAUUUUUACAGCCCGGGUGAUGGGAGCACUUUGACGUCCACUGUCCGGAAUGUAUUCAUAACCUCUCCGUACAUUCCACCUGCAUGCAUACCAGGAAAACUCUGCAAGCGGUGUGACAUCUUACAUUAUCUACAAGCAUAGUCUGCUCUUUCCUCUCAAUUAUACCACUACCUGAAACCGGAAUGUGAUUGGCUGCCUCAACAAUGGAGCAAAAAAAAAAAAGAACUGCGUGCUUGGCUCUGCCCAAUUUUAUCUCUGCACUGGUUAUGGGGUUACAGGUGGUAGGUUGGUGGCUACACAAGUGCUGGAAAGAUCAGGACAGGGCUGGGGGGGCGCCAGACGGUUUUAAAGACUAAGGGCCAUUCAUACCAGAACGCAGUGCAGGAAACCUACAUUCCAUGCGCAUUUCGUUCUUUGCGUUCAAAGCGUUCUGCAGUGGAGGGGUCUGUGUUAACACCACCCCAGGAGCAGGUCGCAAGGCCCUAAGGGUGUGUUCACACAAGCGUUUUAAUGUGGGGGGGGGCAGCUGUUAGUGGAAGGUUAUGGGAAGGGGAGGUGCGAUGCACAUUUAAGCUCAAUGCACUGUGUACUUUUUUUUUCCCCCCAACUUUAUUGAAAUGUCAAAAUGACAUUUCUUUUAUUUCUACGCACCACAGCUUGGCUAAGGUGCAUGGAAACUGUGACAGUAUAUGAAGCCUUCAGCUGAGCUCUGGUCCGUAGUGGAAAAGCUUGUUUUUCCACACUGCUCAGCCGCCGCGGUUCCAUUGUAAUGUGAACCGGGCCCAUAGCCCCCAGUGGAUGCAUUUAGCCCCCAGUGGGUGAGGUUCUGGUUUUUGUGCCUUUGCUCUCCAGCUGUAGCUAAUGUGCAGCCCCACUGCUGGCAGCCUGUCGUCCUCUGUGGGAGUCUGACAGCUGCUGCGGCAGUAUAUUACCAAAGACGAACACCCAUAAUGCAAGCAAAUUGUAAUGAUAAACUAAAGCACUUAGGCCUCAUUCACAAAAUAUAUUUAGCCCCCCCGCAGUGCGUGAGGCUCAGGCAUUUAGCUACGGCUGAAGAGCACAGGAGCAACAUCCAGCCCUGCUUCUGGCAGCCUGUCUGCCUCUUUGAGAGUCUGACCGCUGCUGUGGCAGUAUGCCUCCAAAGACAAACGCUCAUAACACAAACCAUUUGCAAUGCUAAACUAGAGCACUUAGGCCUCAUUCACGAUGGAUAUUUACCCCCCCCCCCAUUGCUCAGGCAUGGCUACGGCUAAAGGGCAUAUGCGCAACAUCCAGCCCUACUGCUGGCAGCCUGUCCUCCUCUAUGGGAGUCUGACAGCUGCUGCGGCAGUAUAUAACCAAAGACGAACAUCCAUAUUGCAAGCAACUUGUAAUGAUAAACUAGAGCACUUGGGCCUCGUUCACGAUAGAUAUUUAGCCCCCGCAGUGCGCGAGGCUCAGGCAUUUAGCUACGACUAAAGGGCACCUGCGCAGCAUCCAGCCCUGUUUUUGCCAGCCUGUCUGCCUCUAUGAGGGCCUGGCAGGCCUGUCUGUCUGCCUCUAUGAGGGCAAGCCUGUCUGCCUCUAUGAGGGCCUGGCAGGCCUGUCUGCCUCUAUGAGGGCCUGGCAGGCCUGUCUGCCUGCCUCUAUGAGGGCCUGGCAGGCCUGUCUGCCUCUGAGAGUCUGACCGCUGCUGUGGCAGUAUGCCUCCAAAGACAUGCCCAUAACACAAACAAUUUGGAAUGCUAAACUAGAGCACUUAGGCCUCAUUCACGCUGGAUAUUUAGCCCCCCCCCCAGUGCAUAAGGCUCAGGAAUUUCUAUGGCUGAAAGGCACAGGCGCAACAUCCAGCCCUGCUUCUGCCAGCCUGUCUGCCUCUAUGAGAGUCUGACAGCAGCUGUGGCUGUAUGCACCCAGGUAUGAAUGCCUGCAGUGCAAGCAGCUUGUGUUCCAGGAGUUGGUCCUUUGGUGCAUACUGCCCUAAUGGGAAGUAUUGCUGAGGACACUGUCCAUCCGCAGAAGCUGGAAGACUCUCAUAGAGGUGGACAGGCUGUUGGCAUCGGCUGGACUGUGCCCUCCAGCCGCAGCCUCAUACACAGGGCUAAGCCUUCAGUGUGUCACAUAACCUGGCUAAGGUCUCAUGCAGAUUGAUUACAAGGGCACAGUGUCAUAAAUUCUGAAUAAACUGUGACCCCCCCAACCACUUCUUCAUUGUGCGUCUCCUCCUAAAGUAAUCUGUUGCAGAUCUGCCGCAGCUGGUUGGCUAGUAUUCCAGGCACACGGGUCACAUUUACUUGCCAAGCCAGAGGCAGUCUAAUUUCCAUCUAAUGCCACUAAUGUGUUUGAUAAAUGUCCCCCAAAGCCUGAGAUCACCCCCCCAAUAGUGUGCGCCCACAAACUGGCUCCGACCUUAAAAAAAAGAGUUGUCCAAAGGAUGCUUUCAUGUCAGAUCUGAAUGCCAAUUGAAGGUUUCAAUCGAAGGGAGGGGGGGGGGGGGGGGUUUAAUACAAGUACCUCUAUUCACAGUCAUACAGCCAGUCGGUUGAAUUGCCCUUUUCAUACCCAAGCCAAUAUUGGGCUGCUUCAGGCUACCCGUAGAGCUAGAAUGCUUAAUCUUUCAGAAUUCGGUCACCGUGAGUCAGAUCGCUUUGAUUUGUGACCCCCCCGAGUGUCAGUUUUUCAUCGUCCUGGGAACUCCACAAGGGUGUUUUCCUGCGCAAUGUACUGCAGAUCUGCCAAUCUCAAGUUUAUGCAUUGGAGUCCCGACUCGUAGGCUGCCCGUCUCUCAUCAUUGCCAUAUAUCCCUGCUUGAUAAUUGACCAGCAUGUAAGAGGUUCUCAUUGCACUUAUAGUGGGGGGCUGUUGAAAUUCAGACUACAGCUCAUUGACUUAAAAGUCGGAUUACUUAUCGGAAACCAGCUGCCCCAAGGCAGUCUGCUGGCGGAGGGGCUGCCAUAGAUGCUCAUUGUACUGAGCAGGUAGGUAUGGCAACACCUUCCUUGACAGCUGCUCUGCCUCAACACUACUCUACCAGACUUUUUGUUGUGCCUGUAGAAUGAACUAAGGCCUGUAAAUCGCAAUCCUCCACAAAUGAGAAGAGUUUAACUCUUUCACAGAGAACCUCUUUAGAAAUGACCUAGUCAUGCCCAUAGCCUUGCAAGGAACUUCCCUGAACUAUAGUGCCGCCGCAAUGGUAUUUACUGUGCAUGUUAUAGUGGACUAGCUCUCCUAGUGUUGUAUAGGAUGGCGGAUAGCACUUACUAUGCCUGGAGUGGACUGCAUGCACUAGGACAGAGUGCACUCACUUGAAGGACACCUUGGUUUUCUCGUAUCAUUUGCUUCUGUUCAUUGACCUAUAAAGACCACCCUGUUUUCCCUGUUCCUAUCCGUUGACCUACAAAGACCCGUCCUGUCCUCCCUGCGCCCAUUCCGGUUUGUUGCCCUACAAAGACCUGCCCUGUCCCCGUUUCUGUCCAUUGACUUCCAAAGACCCAACCUCCCCGUCCAUUGACCUACAAAGACCCACCCUGUCUUCCCCAUGCCCGUUCCUGUCCAUUGACCUACAAAGGCCUGCCCCGUCCUCCCUGCAUUGGUUCCUGUCCAUUGACUUACAAAGACCCAACCCAUUCUCCCCACGCCCCUUCCUAUCCAUUGACCUACAAAGACCCGCCCUUUCCUCCCUGCAUCUGUUCCUGUCCAUUGACCUACAAAGACCCAUCCUGUCCUCCCCAUGCAUGCCCAUUCCUGUCCAUUGACCUACAAAGACCUGCCCUAUUCUCCCUGCAUUCAUUCCUGUACAUUAACCUACAAAGACCUGUUCCUGUCCAUUGACCUACAAACACCCACCCUGUCCUCCCCAUGCCUGUUCCUGUCCAUUGACCUGCCUCAUCCACCCUGUGUCUGUUCCUGUCCAUUGACUUAAAGACCCAACCCAUUCUCCCCACGCCCCUUCCUAUCCAUGGACCUACACAGAUCCACCCUAUUCUUUCUGCACCUGUUCCCGUCCAUUGACCAACAAAGACCCACCCUAUCCUCCCUGCAUCCAUUCCUGUCCAUUAACCUACAAAGACCUGUACCUGUUCCUGUCCAUUGACCUACAAACACCCAUCCUGUGCUCUCUGCAUCUGUUCCUGUCUAUUGAUUUACAAAGACCUGCCCCAUCCUUCCUGCAUCUGUUCCUGUCCAUCGACUUAAAAAGGCCCAACCCAUUCUCCCCACGCUCCUUCCUGUCCAUUGACCUACACAGAUCCGCCCCGUUCUUCCUGUCCAUUGACCUACAAAGACCUGCCUCGUCCUCUCUGUGUCUGUUCCUCUCUCAUUGAACGACAAAGACCCACCCUAUCCUCCCUGCAUCCUUUCCAUUGACUUACAAAGACCCAACCCAUUCUCCCCACGCCCCUUCCUAUCCAUUGACCUACACAGAUCCGCCCUAUUCUUCCUGCACCUGUUCCCGUCCAUUGACCUACAAAGACCUGCCCUUUCCUCCCCGCAUCUGUUCCUGUCCAUUGGCCUACAAAGACCCAUCCUGUCCUCCCCAUGCCCAUUCCUGUCCAUUGACCUACAAAGACCUGUUCCUGUCCAUUGACCUACAAACAUCCACCCUGUCCUCCCCAUGCCCGUUCCUGUCCAUUGAUCUGCCUCGUCCUCCCUGUGUCUGUUCAUGUCCAUUGACUUACAAAGACCUGCACCUUUUCCUGUCUGUUGACCUAAAAAAUACCCGCCUUGUCUUCCCCAUGCCUGUCCAUUGACCUGCCAUGUCCUCCCUGCAUACGUUCCUGUCCAUUAACCCACAAAGACUUGCGCCUGUUCCUGUCUAUUGACCUACAAACACCCGUCCUGUCCUCCCCGCGUCUGUUCCUGUUCAUUGACCCACAAAGACCUGCACCCGUUACUGUCUGUUGACCUAUAAAUACCCGCCCCGUCUUCCCCAUACCCAUUUGUUGACCCACAAAGACCCGCCCCAUCCUCCCUGCACCUGUUCCAAAGUGAAACAAUUAAACCCUCAGUGAGGGUUUUAUUAUAUUUUAUUAUAAAGCUCUUAGUUACGGACUCAUGUUUUAGCUUCCUUUAAAAAAAAAAAGUCUGCAAAGAUGGAUUCUGCAAAUCUUCGAGGAUUUGUUAGGAAGAAGGAAUGCUUUUAAUUGAUAUAAUGACUCUUAACGGACUCUGCAGCAGAAUAAAUAAAUGUGAACCAGUUAAAUCAA